AUGGAGUUCUUGCAGCAUCCUGCCACGCUCUACUGCGAAGAGGUAGUAGCCUGGAUCAACCCUUGUGUUGGUGUAGUGGCGUUCGUUGAAGCCUCUACCUAUGGCACCCCUCAUUCCUACAUCAAAGACAAGUGGUUCGAUAUGCACUACUCGUUGCCGCAAGUCUUGACAGACAUCCAAGUGGACUCGCAAGCGGUGGAGCAUUACAAUAACGUACUGCUUUCCGGCACGGAGUACACAUACGAACGACAGAGGUACGAGCGCACAGUCUCGGAGGUCGAAAAUCAUAUACUCCGGGAUCUGUUGGUCGAUGUGGCGCUUCAGCGCUACCAGAAAGCCAACCGCUACACCGUCAGUCUGACAAUCCUCGAAAAGGUGAUGCUUGGCGAGUAUGGCUGGCUUCCAGCUGGAUCCCCACUCCACCUACCAGACUUGCCGAUCGUUACUAUCGUGGACGACGUCUCAUACAUGGCGCGUCGUGGCGACACUGAGCCACUACAAGAGAACUUUGUGGCCAUCAAGAAUCUUCCACGCCACCUGCAGAAGUGGCAGCUGCUGGAGUUCAUGGCGAAGCAGGGCUUACCAAUGCCAAUAAGAUUGACAUGCCUGCACAAGGACGAAUGGUUUAUCGGUGUUGCGUUCGCAGACUAUCACGAUUCCGAGAUAGCUGCAGAAGCAAUGACUUCGAUGAAUCAGCUCACGAUUGAUGGCAGAGAAGUGAUGGCUGAGCCCAAGACAAUGCAAUCGAGGAUGCAUCGCAACCUCGUUUAUCGCCACGAGCGACAUCAUCGGGUGUGGAGUGGAGAGACUUCGAGCACAGAGCGCGAGACGGAAUCCUUGAAAGCUUCAACCUCGACAGCAGAUGCUGAUGCCUCUUCGCAGAUUACUGACCAGAAUUCGGUCGUGGCAGACAUGGAAGCGGGUGCUGAAUCCAUUGCUAGUGGAUCGGAUGAGUAUCACAGUUGUUCGGAAUGGCCUUCUGCAGAGCAAUAG